AUGUCUGAGGCGGCCUGGAAUGGAAGAGGUGGUCGCUCUCGCAAGCAGCCCAGCACGACUACCAGUGACGAAUGGCCGUGGGCGCCCUUUCCCGAAACUCGCGAGGAUCUCUACCUCUUGAAGCUGGGCGCAGGACCUUUCAGGCGAGGAGCGAAAGCCAAGCCGCCAAGCAUCGCCAAGCCCAAAUCUUGGAGCUCAAAGGUGGACGAGUGGGGAAAGGGCUUUGUUGGAGAGCUCGACUACCGAGAGGAGGCGCGCAAUGCGAAACAAUUCCAGGAAGACAUCGCGAAGACUCCCCUGGCCGGAGCAGUGUUUGCUCCGCCGCCCGUAGAGGCAUGUUCCAGUGCAAAGGUUCUGACGACAGAGUGGAUCAUCGGAGAGCGCUUAGAGCAAAGUGAAGCAGAGGACGUGACGAAGCUAUGUUCGGUGGCGAUGAACACAUAUCUGACCAUGAUGCUGGAGACGGGACUUCUUCACGCGGAUCCGCAUCCAGGUAACCUUCUCAGAACUCCGGAUGGCAGGCUGUGCAUCCUUGACUGGGGCCUUGUCACGACCCUUGACGCAAGCUUCCGGGUGGCGUACAUUGAGCAUGUCGCUCAUUUGGUGUCUCGUGACUACGAUCCGGUUCCAGCAGAUCUGGUUCGCAUCGGCUUUGUCCCGGAAGGAAUGGAGGAUGAUGUCGUGAAGAGUGAGGUUGUGGCCACAUUGGCCCAAGUGUACGGACAAUGGACUUCCGGAGGUGGUGCAGCACAAAUGGAUGUGAACCGCCUCUUCAAUGAAAUUCAAGGCCUCAGCCGUCGCUACGGUAACCUUUUCCGAGUGCCUCCGUACUUUUUCUACAUUGCUCGAGCAUUUGCCGUCCUCGAAGGGAUCGGACUCAGUAAUGAUUCCGAGUAUUCUAUCGUCAACGAGUGCCUGCCAUAUGUUGCGCAGAGGUUGAUCACCGACUCAGACACUCGAAUAAACAAGGCGCUGGCUUCCUUCAUCUAUGGUGGCGAGAAAGGCAUUGAGCGUCAGCCAAGUGCAGAGCGUCUGAAAUAUUUGGCAACUGGGUUCUCGUCCUAUGUGGCUGCGACGCGCGCGAACAAUAGCCCAGCUGCCAAGGAAGCAGCAGACCUUGCUGACCAGUUGGCCAGUCUAGUGUUGGGACGCCUGCCAGAAGCACAUGAAUCUGAGGACACUGACCAAGCGAGAAAGGUUCCUCCCGCACUUCAGGGACUUCUUCUGGAUGAGCUGGCCAAGGUUGUUGGCGCCAAUGCCAGAGAGUUGGCAGCUUCCUGGAAUCUUCCCGGAGCUGGAAGUCUAGGCCUAAUGACGCCGGAUAGAAAUGACAGGAAUGUCAUUGCAAAUGCGCAGGAGAUUGCAUCCAUUGCCGAGCCGCAAGUCCUGUCCUCAACUAUUGUUCACAGACUCAAGCCGACUGCCCGCAGCGCGGGAAUGCCUUGCUUCGUCGAGUCUCACCAAGCUUGUCCACCAGAGAGCGAUUCCAAAGGAGUGAUGUCAGUUUCUGCGCCCUCCCCUGUCUGUCUGACCUCGCGUCCCCGGACCGCCGUCUCCGACCUACUCCCUCGAUGCCACAAGUCGCUCAGCAGUCCAGAGGAGGUCAAGCGGGGCAAAUGGCGGAGAUCAAUUAAUAGUGGCGGUCCAAGUCCACAAGGCCAAUGCAACCUAAGAACCUGCGGGCACAUGAAGCGACACUACUUCGGAUGGCUUUACCGAUCAUCAAAUACGGAAUCGUAA